AUGGCAUUGCCUAAACAACUUCAAAAUGGUUUAACUCCAGAUGAACUCACUUUCUUGGCAGAGGAAGAAACGGUCAAUAUCGUACCGUUAUUUUCAAUGACAAAAGUGCGAUUAUUAGGUGGAAUAUACGGUCCUUUCGUACCUCCUUCAGCAACAAAAGUACCUUUAUGGUUAGCGUUAUCACUGAAAAGGAAAAGGAAAUGUAGGAUUGUACCUCCAGAAUGGUUCAGUAUAGAUCGCAUACAGGCUUUGUUAAAGGAAGAAAGGGAAAAUGCAGAAUCAUUUUGUUUAUUGCCUAGAAGAUUUAUUGAGACUUCGAAAGUGCUCUUGGAUGUAGCAUCGGACGAUUUAACACAGCCUUCAAUGUUGAGGAGUCUUCUGAAAGAUCUGAGGGAAGUCAGACAAGCCAAAAUUAGAAUUGGUUUACAAAGUGAAGGCGUCAUGAGAGGUACUUAUCUACAGGUGACAAACCUCACGCCAUUGGAAUUGAGUGAAUUGAAACCUUUCCUAGUGAAAGCAAUGGGAAUAAUGCAAUCUCUCGAACCAAGAAGAGAUGAUGAAGAUGAAGAUGAUAAUAAUAAUGCUGUUCCCGGACGUGAUUAUGAUGAUUAG